UGACGCGCGCACACCCUGCCGCCCGCGCCCGUAGUAUCUUCGGCAACUGCCAUUCGUCUCAAACGAUUUCACCUUGCUAUGAAUAAAAACGGUGAAUAACUCGUGUACGAAAUUGUUCAAGUAACAAUCCGAUUGUUGGACCUCAAAAGUGCGUUGUGAAACUGCGUUUGUAAAGGUGGAUUCGUGGUUGGUGUUGUAUUUACCAGUUCUGUCUUUAUUUUGUUGAAACUGAAGUGUUUACGUGCUAAAACCGGAGUAUUGUGAGUUAACAUAGCGGUGCUCGGGCUUCGCACUUGCCGUUUAAUGGGAUCUUGUUGAUUAUCAGGUGUUGAAGAGCCGGCAAGAUGCCGGAGGGAGUGGCCAAAGAGGCCAAGGAUGAAAAGAAGUCCAAGGAGUCGCCGAGACGGCGGCCCGCGGGCAACACCGCUCAUGUUCGGGUGGAGCUGCUUGACGGGUCCACCAUGACACUGGACGUUGAGAGAAAAAUCCGCGGCCACGAGCUCCUCGGCAAAGUCUGUGACAGCCUGAACCUCGUGGAGAAGGACUACUUCGGACUUCUAUACUCUGACCGCGGCGACAACAGAGUAUGGAUCGACCUUGACAAGCGCGUCUCCAAGAUGCUCAAACAUGAGCCGUGGCAGGUGCGUUUCGCGGUGAAGUUCUACCCGCCUGAACCGGCGCAACUUCAAGAGGAGCUGACGAGAUACCAACUCGUGUUGGCUGUCAGGAAAGACCUGUUGGAAGGCCGCCUGCCAUGCUCAACGGUGACGCACGCUCUCCUCGCCAGCUACCUCCUCCAGUCAGAGAUGGGAGAUUUUGAAGAAUCCGAAGUAGGUGCCGGUCGCUGCAAGCAACUGAAACUCGCUCCGCCCUCCGCCUGCACUCCUGAACUAGAAGAGAAGGUUGUGGAACUGCAUAAGACACAUCGAGGCCAAACUCCCGCGGAAGCCGAGCUGAACUACCUCGAGAACGCCAAGAAACUGGCCAUGUACGGAGUAGACCUUCACCCCGCCAAGGAUUCCGAGAACGUUGACAUCACGCUCGGAGUCUGCUCUUCUGGACUCCUGGUGCAUAGAGAAAAACUACGCAUCAACCGCUUCGCCUGGCCGAAGAUCCUCAAGAUCAGCUACAAGCGACAUAACUUCUACGUCAAACUGAGGCCAGGAGAAUUCGAGCAAUUUGAGUCAACUGUCGGCUUCAAGUUGGUCAACCAUCGGGCUGCUAAGAAGCUUUGGAAGACUUGCGUUGAACACCACACGUUCUUUAGGUUGAUGUCUCCCGAGCCCCCACCAAAGGGUACCCUAUUCCCUCGCCUGGGCUCCAAGUACCGCUAUUCGGGACGCACGCUGUACCAGACUCACGGUACCGCGCCGCAACGCACGCAGCCCAACUUCGCCCGCACGCUGUCGUCGCGACAACUGUCUUCUAGAAGCAUGGACGCGUUGGCGGCCGAGGAGAAAGCGAGCACUCUACCACCCGAGGCGGCAAAGAGACACACCAUGCCGCCGCAACCCGCCCCGCGACCGGCGGCUAAAGACAAGCUGCGGCGCGGCUCCAAGGGAACGGUCAGCGUGUCUUCAGCCAGCUCCAUAGAGGGGGAGUAUCUGGCCGAUAGAGGGGAGAAGAAACCACCCCCCGGUGCUGUGAAAGUGAUGCCAACUCCCGAGAAGAAGGAGGAAAAGAAGGUGGUCGAGAGUAAACCUGCGGAAAAUGGAACGGAUACUGCCAGCGAUCCAGGUGUCACAAAUAACGUGGAUACCACUCCCAAGAAAAACAAGAGCGGAGGUUUUGGCCUAUUCGGUAGUAAAAGAGAGAAAUCGCCUAAAGACGACAAAUCUCCUAAAGACAAGUCUCCUAAACAAAAAUCACCUAAAGAUAAAGAUGCCAAGAGCAAGGAUCCUAAGGGCAAAGUGGCGGUGCUCGACACAUCCAACGAGAGCUCUAACCUCGACACAUCAAACGAAAAGAGUCCAGAAAAAGAAAAACCUGGCUUCACGAAACCUUACGAAUACACGGACACUGAAAAGAGUCCAUCUCGUACUAAACCCAAGCUACAAGGAGGAGCCUUCAGUUAUGAAAAAGAACCUAUAUCCGAUGAGAGACAAAGACAGCUUAACGACAGUCAAAGUCCGACGACGAGGAAAGCUGGACUCGCUUUCAAUUAUGCUCCUGGAGAGGAUAAGAAGGUCGCUGAAAGCGCUGAGAAGAGAAAGACUCCGGAUGAUCCAAGCAAACUCAAAACUCCAGGCAUUGAUUACGUUCAGUCAGCUGCGCUUAAAGAACAAGCUAAAGCUAACGUCAUCGACCCUACAUUAGCUCUAUUAGAUUCAGAAAGAGCACAUCAUGAAGUUGGUGCACCUUUAGCAGCUGUAAUUCCAGCGGCUGCUCCUAAACCAGAAAACGAAAUUCAAGUCGUCAUUAUAACUGGAAGAUACAACCCUAAAAACAAGAAACUAGACGAUGCUAAUGGCACUGUUCUUGUUGUUAAAGGAACUUUUGAUAAAGCCACUGGAAAAAUCCAGACUGAAAAAGAACUCAUCGACACCAAGUCAGGACAAAUCACAUACACGAAUCCUGCAACUGGCAAGCAAGAAAGUAAAAAUGGUCACGUCGAUUCCAAGACUGGACAUAUCUUGUUUACUUCCAAUGUUAUUGACCCUAAAACUGGCAAGCUUGACCCAACAUUGGCUCAGCAAUAUUGCUUUGCCGAACAAGCUGCCGACAAAGUAGGAGCUAAACCUGGCAGAGAAGUCAACUUGGUUGUUAUCACAAGCAAAUACGACGGCAAGCACAAAAAACUAGAUGCCGCGCACGGACACGUAGAUGUUUCAAGAGCAGUAGUAGGCUCGGAUGGCAAAGUCAGUUCCAAUUAUGGCGUCAUCGAUCCGAAGACAGGCAAGAUCAAUUACAUCGAUCCCAAAACAGGCAAACAAGAACCUAAACAGGCGUAUGUUGACCAGAAAACAGGCAAUAUCCUGGUUACAACGGGAGUUGUUGAUCCUAAAUCUGGUAAAGUCGAUUCAUCGCUUGGACAACAGUUCAGCAUUGUUGAGAAAGAUGCCACCAAGGCCAACAGGGAAGUCAGGCUAGUUGUUAUUACUAGCAAAUAUGAUCUAAAGAGCAAGAAAUUUGACCCCCACUUCGCUCAUGUAGAUGCCGUUAAAGGCGUGCUAAGUGGCGCUGAUGGUAAGAUCUAUACCGACUACGGUAUUAUUGACCCAAGAACGGGCGACAUUCAAGUAACUGACCCUAAGACUGGCAAGCAAGAAACCAAACAUGCCGUAGUCGAUCCCAAGACAUGCAACAUCCUUCUUCUAUCGGGUGUGGUUGAUCCUCGCACAGGACAACUCGAUACGACAUUAGGACAGCAAUACAGCAUUGUUGACAAACCUACUGACACUUUCGCCUCAUGCCCUGGAAAGGAAGUUCAACUCGUUGCUGUCACAGCCAAAUACGAUUCCAAGAACAAGAAGUUAGAUACACCCAAUGGAUUCGUUGAAACCUCACGAGCCAUCAUCAGUGACAAAGACGGAAAAGUACACACCAACUUCGGUAUUCUUGACCCUAAUACCGGCAAAGUUCAUUACACUGACCAGAAAACCGGCAAGCCGGACUCUAAGCAAGCUGUCAUUGAUGCUAAGACAGGCAGCUUCAUUGUAACUUCGGGCGUUAUCGACCCGAAGACAGGCAAGACUGAUUCAUCACUCGCUCAACAACUUACAGUUGUCGAUAAGGACGCACCUAAAGGCAUCCCUGAGAGGCACGUUAACUUGGUCAUCAUCACCACCAAAUAUGACCCGAAGAACAAGAAACUGGACCUAACCAAUGCUCACGUCGACAGCAUACCUGGAACUGUCGGUACUGAUGACAAAGUACACACAGCGUUUGGCGUCGUUGAUCCUAGCACUGGUGAAAUAACUGUAACUGAUCGAGCAACAGGCAAACAAGAAGUCAAGAAGGCCUCUGUAGAUCCGAAGACAGGAAAUUUACUCCUUACUUCAGGAGUUGUAGAUCCCAAGACGGGACAAAUUGAUCCUUCUUUGGGACAACAGAUAAGCGUCGUAGACAAGCCUAAAGACAAAUUCGCUUCAGUGCCUGGCAAGGAAGUGCAGUUAGUCAUUGUCACCAGCAAAUACGACUCAAAAUACAAGAAACUAGACCACCCCAACGGUCACGUAGAAACUUCCCGAGGAAUUAUGACUUCUGACGGUAAGGUCCAUACUAACUUCGGUGUGAUUGAUCCUAGGAGCGGAAAGAUUGAACAUGUUGACCCUAAGACCGGCAAACAAGAGAUCAAACAAGCGGUCGCUGAUCCCAAAACAGGACACCUACUUAUCACAUCUGGUGUCGUUGAUCCAAGAACAGGCAAGACUGAUUCGUCCCUCGCUCAACAACUGACAAUCGUCGACAAGGACGCGAAACCACUAGAAAGAGAAGUCCGUUUAGUCAUCAUUACUUCCAAAUAUGAUCCUAAGACCAAGAAAUUAGAUCCCAACGGUCAUGUUGAUUCAGUAAAUGGCACUAUUGGUUCUGACGGUAAAGUCCAUACAUCGUUCGGCGUUGUCGACCCAGCUACUGGCGAAGUAGUCACCAUUGAUCCAGUGACGGGCAAACAAGAUGUCAAGAAAGCUACAGUUGACCCUAAAACUGGCAAUCUUCUGGUCACAUCAGGAGUCUCUGACCCCAAGACUGGACAUGUUGAUCCUACAUUAGGACAGCAAAUAAGUGUUGUGAACAAACCUAAAGAGUCACUAGCUACUGUACCAGGAAAGGAAGUGCAGCUGGUCAUCAUUACUAGCAAAUACGAUCCCAAGACCAAGACUCUUGAAAACAGCAACGGGCAUGUUGACUCGGCAAGAGGCAUUAAAGCCGCUGAUGGCAGAAUCCAUACUAACUAUGGCAUUGUUGACCCUAAGACUGGAAAAAUUGAGUGCGUCGAUCCUAAAACAGGCAAGACGGAAGUCAAACAAGCUACUUUCGAUCCUAAGACAGGACAUCUCCUGCUUACAUCAGGAGUGGUCGAUCCAAAGACCGGAAAAACAGAUGCGUCUCUCGCUCAACAGCUUAGCAUUGUGGAUAAGGAGGUUAAACCACUAGAAAGAGAAAUCCACUUGGUCAUCAUCACCACCAAAUAUGAUCCGAAGACCAAGAAGAUCGAUCCCAGUCAAGGUUACGUAGACACUGUCAGCGGAACCAUCGGACCCGACGGCAAGAUCCGUACGGCUAUCGGCGUCGUGGACCCCGCUACUGGAGAAAUAGUCGUGACCAACCCGGCGACUGGCAAGCAGGAGGUCAAGAAAGCGCAGGUGGAUCCUUCAACCGGCCAUAUGCUCGUCACCAGCCAAGUGUUUGACCCGAGGACGGGCAAAGUCGACCCGACUUUGGCACAGCAAUUCAGCAUUGUCAACAAAACUGUUACACCUCACACAAAACCAGCGUCGGUCGGCGAAAUCCGCCUAGUAAUCGUGACGAGCAAAUAUGACCCAAGGACCAAGACGGUGGAUGCUGGUGCUGGGACUAUUGACGCCUCAAAGGGCUACGUCAGCGCUGAAGACGGAAAGAUACACACCGACUUCGGUAUCAUAGAUCCACGAUCCGGACAGAUCCUCUACAGAGAUCCCCUUACCGGCAAGCAAGAACUGAAACAGGCAGAUAUCGACCCGAAAACGGGCAACUUCAUCGUGACCACCGCGGUUGUAGACCCCAAGACAGGCAAGGUAGACCCCUCAUUCGCUCAACAGUUGACGAUUGUUGAUAAGCAGAAUGUGUUGGCUAAGGCACCACUAAGCGUUUCCCCAGUGAGGCAAACCCCAUCACCAGUCAAGACUCCUGCUUCCACGCCAUUCCAUACACCGUUGCAAUCGCCUGUGUCGAAAUCAUCGCCGAUCAUCAGUCAAGUGCAAAGGACAUCACCUACAGUCGCAACUAUUCUCAAAACACCACCGGCUAAACCAACUACUGCCCCACCGGCUCCUCCGAGAAGGAAGAUUGUUAAAAUUAUGGUCAUCUUCACCAGGAUCGAUCCUAAGACCAAGAAACCAGAUUUGCAUACAGCUGAAGUUGAGCAUCUCACUGGUAUCCUAGACCCUAACGGAUUAGUCGAGACUAAAUAUGGUGUUAUUGACAUUAACAAGGGCACCAUUGUCGCUACUGAUUCCGCGGGACAGCAACAGCAAAGAAAUGGCGUUAUCCUACCAGAGACAGGACAAAUCUUCAUCAACUCUGGCGCCAUUGAUCCGAAAUCCGGCAAAGUUGACCCCAACUUGGGUAUGAUUUUGAGCGUUACGAAGCAAGACGACCCAGUAGUAGACAUCACGACCAUCACUGGCCCUAUCGAUCCUGCUACAGGCAAAGUUGACAUUGAUAACAGCACAGUUGAGCUAACUAAGGGCAAAGUUGACGCUGAAACCGGUCACAUCUCCACUAAAUACGGAGUCAUCGAUCCAUCUAAUGCGGUCAUAUUCGUGACGGAUACCUUGGGAGGACAGGACAAGAAAUCAAUCAGCAUUGAUGAGAACACUGGUCUCAUAACCUUAACUGGAGUCGCGGACCCGAAAACUGGAAAAGUAGAUCCAAAAUUGGGACAAGUCAUUGUCGUUGGAACACAUAUCGAUCCCGUUGUAGAAGUGACGACAUUCGUCGGCAAGGUUGAUACGAAGAAAGGUCUCAUUGAGCCCAAACAUUCCGUCAUCGAAAGCACAACCGGCCAGUUCAAUCCCGACACAAACAAGAUUGACACGAAGUACGGUCAAAUCGAUCUAGUUAAAGGCACUGUCACAUACAACGAUCCCAAGACAGGCAAACUGGAAAGCAAGGAAGUGAAAGUGGAUCCUGUCACUGGCCAACUUUUACUACGCAGCGGACAAGUCAACCCGAAAUCUGGAAAGCCCGAUAAGGACAUCGGCAGACUGAUUUGCUUAAGAAUAAUCCAAACUAAAGUCGAUCCCGUCUCGGGCAAGCAAAUCGUAUCCAAUGAACCUAAGAACGUUAAGGUUGAUCCGAAAACCAACCAGAUCUGGACCGCUGGACCGAAAGACCCAACAACUGGAGAGGUUAUAUACACCGCUGGACAAAUCGAUCCCGUCACUGGUUACAUCAUCACUAUCUACGGUCGUCUGGACCCGAAGACUGGCAACAUAGUCAGGGCACACGAAAUAGACAGAUCGCUUGUCAAGGUUGACCCGAUCAGUGGACAAAUCUACACUGCCACCGGUCAAGUCGACGAAGACAACCAACCCCUGUACUCCGCCUCUCAGGUCGAUCCCGCCACAGGAGAAAUCUACACCAAAGUUAGUAAGAUCGACCCGAAGACCGGCAGGCUGGUAAUAGUGAAGAUUUACAUCAUAACGCAGAAGGACGAGAAAGGACGCGUCAAGGAAGUCGAUCCUAAAGAAUGCACCAUCGACGAAACAACCGGCAGAAUCAUCACAACCAAGACUGUCUACUUAUAUCAAAUCAUUGACCCGAUCACCGGUGAAACGAUCGAUGUAGACCCAGACGACCCAAGACUCAAAGGAGCAAGAACCACCGUCACACAAACCAUGACGUUAUCAGGCAAAAUCGACCCUGUCACGGGCAGAAUCAAGACGGAAUACGGAGACAUCGACCCAGACACAGGAGAUAUAGACCCGAGCACCGCCGUCCGCGACCCAGUCACCGGACAACUAAUACUACACUACUCACAAAUAGACCCCUCGCACUUCGAAGACAAGAGCGGCAACUACACGAUAGAGAAGGAAACUCAAGAUCUCCCCGCCACCAUCGACAUCCAGAAAGUGAACACCCACAAAUUCUCAACAUUCGGCAAAGACGAAAGCCCAGUGAGAGGCGACGAGCCUAAAACAUUCACGGAGUUCACGACAAGCGAGCACAUCACGCACCAGGGCUACGUCUCGGCUAACACCCCGCUGUCCUCCAAGAUUCCCGUGUCGCAGCGCGGCGCCAAGAAGACGCCCACGCCGCCCGUCGUCGUCAAGACGACGACCAAGCAGCUGCUCACCAAGAACGACGACGGCGUCACGCACAACGUGCAGCAGGAGGUCGAGAACCUCGGCACCGGCGAGGUCACCUACUCGACCCACACCAACAAGGCGGAAAGCCUAGAGCCGAUGGAGACCGGGAAGAGCCCGUACGUCACUGCGAGGGCCGUCACCACGAGAACGGCUACGACCCACCACGAUCUCGACACCAAGGCCAAGACCCAGCAGAUGGAAGAGAAAACAGUAGCCCACACCCUAACCUCAUCAGCAACCAGGCAGGAACAGCGAGUUCUGACGCAGGAGGUCAAAACUAUGGUCACUACAGGCGACAAGCAUCAGAUAACCCGACGCGGCUCUGAGAGUUCAAUCUCUAGCGGAGACUCCGGAACGCCCAUCGAUUUCGAAGAAGGCGCUGGCGAAGGACAUUACUACACCACCGAACCGGGAUCGUAUACAACGACCACCACUACCAGCGUAAUGGGCAACGCUCCAUUUGGAAGCAUGGUUCACGGAGCUACUACGAGGACAACGACAAGUACAGAGGAGCCUGAAGAGACGACUAUCAACGAGGAUGGCGAGAUCGUGUCCUCUCAGACUAUCAGCUCGAAGACGCGCACGGUUGAGACCAUCACCUACAAGACGGAGCGGAACGGCGUGGUAGAGACGCGCGUAGAACAGAAGAUUACCAUCCAAUCUGACGGAGACCCGAUUGACCACGACCGGGCACUCGCAGAGGCCAUACAGGAGGCAACAGCGAUGAACCCCGACAUGACGGUCGAGAAAAUAGAAAUCCAACAACAGAGCACGCAGCCGUAACAUCACAGAGUCGCCAACCCGUACCGACAACUCGUCAACUAGUCGACCAUAACCUCACCCUUAGCAGACUAUAAUAAAAAGUACUAUCGUACAGUAUGGCCACUCCCGCUCCCCGCUGAGAGUGCCGCUCACAGUUACCGCCUGUCAAAAACACGAACAGUCGACCUAUCAUAUCUCACUCAUACAAGCAUAGUACGCGUUCACCUACACGAGCUUAGACUGUGUGCUAGGAACGCGCCUCUUUCAUAUAUUUGAGCGCGAGGCCCUUAGGUAAAAGUACUGCGGGCGUAGCACACUAGUUGGAUAAACUUUAUCGCAUCGGUGCGUCCCUAUCGCACUUACAAAUAGUGCGAAUAGGACAACCUAACGUUAUAUCGUUUAUCACGAGACCGUGAUUGCUUGCUAGGUUUUCAUAAAAUUAAAAUUAGAAGUGCAUUUUCACGAAUGACAAAUGGAUAUCUAAUUUUACCUCAAAUAACUCAAUGUUUCUGUUCAUUACGUUUUUAUUCCGUAACAUGGUUGACUAGUUAAAAGCGGUUUAAAAAUAAGUGCGACUAGUGCAAUGCAAACAAAAUGGCGGAUACCACAAAAUGGCCGCUUUACUUGUAUGUAAACUACAUACGAUAGUUGUAAGCGACACCACUGCGAAUAUUAAUAUAAGUUACGCUAUAUUAAUUAUGAAAGUUAAUUAAUCUUCUAUUGGAUGUUGUGACGUCGAAACGCACCUUCGAUUUAUUUUAUCUUGCAAUUUUAUUUGUAUAAAUAAAUGUAAGUUUGGCAAUGAUAUUCAAGCAUUUUUAUAAGACUAGUAUAGGUUCAACGCAUUUCAUACAAACAGUUAUCAGAAUGCCUACCGCGAGUUUUUUGCCUUUCUCUCACACGAAUGUGCGAAAGAGAUGCAAAAUGAAGAAAGUUCGACUCUCGCGGUAGGCUCGCUUUGUAGAAAUAAAUGUUGCCAUAGUAAAAAAAAGUGUUCGUGUAUUAAAAAUAUAAUAACGUUUCAAUAUUAAUAAUGUUUUCAAUAUGGGAUAGCUUUAAAACAGUGUCACACGAGGUAAACCACCGUUUCUUAGAUUAUAAAAAAAAAGAUAUUUUCUCUCUCUUGAUUAUAACACUACAAUGUAAUGCGGGACUAAUAAUAAAUUGUUUAUAGCUCGACUUUACUUACUUCAACAAAAA